AUGUACCUUAAGACGGUACUGCUACAUACUCAUCCUGGCCUCCAAAUUCUCCACUCCGGGCACGUCCCCAAGGGGAUUGGUAAAACAAAAGCACAAAAUCUGGCCUUUGACAAAGGCAAUCGUGGAUCCUUUCUUGCCCCCUCCGGGGCCAGGCUUGUAAGGGGACGCGAUGUCUUGCGCGCCAGUGCCGGCGGCAAGCAACUUGCGUCAAGCUCGACGGAGUUGCGCAGACGUCGAAAACAAGUGACUUUCCUAGCGACACUUGGUGCGAUGAAGGACGCACUCAGCAUACGAACGGCCAGUCUGGGGUGUAUCCUACCCCCGAUGCAACAGGGGUAG